AUGCCGUCCUCGGGCGUCACCGGCGUCGCGGCGACGAUCGAGAGCGAAGAGCGGUGGCUCGUCCGACGCAUGCGCGAGCUGCGAAUGAAGGGCGAGGUCCUGAUGCACGACAGACCGCCGUUCGAUCGACCCAAGACGGACUCGGCGGCGGCGAGGGCGGAGGCGACGGCGCGGGAGCGGGAGCGGACGCGCGCGAAGACGGCGGCGGCGAAGCGCGCUGAAAAGCGCCGCGAGGAAGACGACGACGACGACGGCGGCGGCGGCGUGGACGAGUACGGGCCGUGGGUGGUGGACGAGAGCGAGUACCGCGACGCGUACUCGGAUCCGGUCCCCGCGCGUCCCCGUCCCGUCGUCGAGGACGCGGCGGCGGAGGAGAAGGCGGGUUGCGACGACGACGACGACGACGACGACGACGACGACGACGACGAGUCUUCCGACUCCGACGCGUCCGAGGCGGCGUCCGCGGACGAGUGA